AUGCCUGUCAUGCCCUUUUCCGUCAACUUCAAGAAGCGCAAGCGCGCCCUCAACGUACCGCCACCGUCUCCUGUCCCUGUCCCUCUCCCCGUCCCCGUGCCCCCACCCCGCCAACUCACCGCAACGCCCCAGGCUGGACCAUCAUACGCGCACCCUGCUUCCGACACCACUCUCAUCACCCCGAGCCCCCUUCGCGCCGCACUCGCAUACUCGGACCCGGACCCAGUCGACGACUACACGUACAACAACGUGGAGGAGCUCGCCGACGAACACGUGUACCCUGUCAUGUUCACUGACGAGUUCGGGACAGCCCCCGAGUUUGAAGAUGACGGCGAAUACGACCAGAUUGGAGAUGAGGAUAUCCUCUCACGCCUCCUCCACCGCGAGCGCGAAUACACCCGCCUCCAGGUGUACUACGAAGAGCUGCACAAGCGUUACGCCAACAGCAAGGACCAGAUCGAGCACCUCAAUCGCCAGGUCGACGCACUGUCGGCCCGCAUCGAGCGAAAGGAGCAUCGCAUCCGCUUGCUCAAGGUGCUUGCGAUCCGCCGGUAG